CAUCAAGAGGAUACCAGAGUACGAUGAAUACUACUUUGACAAGGUAGCAAUCACACAAAGAUGGCCACCGAAAGGUUGCGGAAAAGGCUGGAUGACGGUCAAGCUGGCAGAUCAAACAAUGUGAACGAAAACUUUUGUUUGAUCGGUACUCCAUUGCCAAGUCUUGAUAGCAAAAAACGUGAUCCAAACGAGUACAAGCCGAUAUGGCAACAAGAAGUAUAUGAUGAUCAAGGCAGAAGAAGAUUUCAUGGCGCUUUCACUGGAGGAUUCUCUGCUGGUUACUAUAAUACUGUCGGAUCCAAAGAAGGAUGGCAACCUAGCACCUUUCGAUCUUCACGUAAGGAUAAGGAAAGAAGUGGAAACAAAUACAAACAGAGCAAUGCUGAAGAUUUUAUGGAUGAAGAAGAUUUGCAAAGCUACAGAGAUGGUAGAGGUGCACUGAAAGCAAAUGACGACUUUCUAGGGCAGUCUUCCGCCCAGAAUGAGCGCGAUGUUGGGAGAGAUCCGCUGACGGGACUGCUGGGGAUGCAGAGCGAAGAGAUGCGAACUAGCAAUUCCGAGUCCAACAUAUCAAUUCAGAAAACUUCUCUGGGUACCAGACUUCUGCAGCGAAUGGGUUGGAGAGAAGGACAAGGUCUAGGAGCAUGGUUGUCAUUAGAUCGACUUCGAAGGCUGGGGACGCUACUCGGGAUACCGGUCAAAGAUACCGAAAGAAACGACAGCUCAUCGAACCUUUAUCCACCUCCUGAUACAGCUAUGGUGGUACCUUCUUCAUCGCAUAUCGGAACUCAGGGGCUAGGAUGGGAGAUUGCUGGUCCGCCAAGCACCUUGGCCGAACUGUUGAAAAGAAAACAUGGUGAUUCGAUAUCCAAUAAGCCACGAGGAGGUUUUGGGAUAGGCGCAUUGGAAGAUGACUCUGAUGAUGAAGGUGAAGUGUACUCAACAGGACAUAGAAUACAGGAUUCGACCUUAAAUCGGAAGGCAAAACAGGCGAAAGGUCAGAGAAGCGAAGGGAGUCAAAAGCACGGAGAGAGUCUUUCUGUUGACCUUGAUGAGAAAGAACAGCGAGGAAGGUGGCACGAUGGUACUCCGAUGAUACCUGGUUUCAUUCUUUCAGACGAGAUGAUGGAGGAAAAGAGUGUCUCUGCUAGUAUCACCGUGCCGAAAGAUUGGCAACCAGAUCCCAAUCGAGUAUGGAAAAAUGCCUCAUCAGGAAGUGCUGCCUCAACGCAAACGAGCCAUGUGCCUCCUAGCACUUCCUCUCAUCGUGCUUCCAUGUUUGGAGAGGCAAGAAUUCCUGGUCCACCGCCAUCAAUCACUGAUUAUCUGAGUGAGAAAGAUCAUGAAAGACUUGAAAAAGCUAAAUUGGCAGCCAAGGCUUCAACAUCGUCGCAAUCAAUUACUCCUCCUAGCCGAGAUCCAAUAAUUCCUGAACUGGACCCUGUGGUUGCAAAAGCCGCAUUGCAAGGCUUUAUUCCGUUUGAAAAUGACAAAGACAAGCAGGCUAGGUAUCGCACCUAUCUUCAAGCCCAAGUCGAUCAAGACAAAAGCUUGCGAGCCCCACCUGGUCAAUCUAUUGAAGAAUUCGAGAGGGAACUUCGAGAAUUUUCGCGUAGUGCUGCAAUCUUCAAACCGAUGAAUACAAUGAUGGCAAGUAGAUUCGAAACCGCAUUGAAGUCAGAUCAGUCUAGUGCGAAACAAAUGGAACCUGGUUUAUACACACCUGCAAACCGACUUGCCUCGAGCACAGAAAAGGCUAAAACAGCAGUUGAAGAUAAGGAAAGCCUGAUUGAGAAUAUGACGAGCAUACAACGAAAUGCCAAAAUGGGAUUAUUCGGACCUGAUACAACUCGUGAAACGAAGAAAUGGGUUCCGGCAAGGCUAUUGUGUAAACGGUUCAAUGUUCCGCAUCCGUUCCCCCAAGAGAUGGCUAAUGAGGAUGUUGCGUCAACAGGAAGCGAAAACUUUGAUGAAUUUGGAGAGAGCAAAGAAAGACGCAAAGAGGAUGUGACAAAGAAUGUCAAUGCCAGGUGGGAGGCAAGCAAGAGACAAUUGCAACAGUUGGCUGCCAAUAGAAAUCGGGAGAAUGGCUCGAAAGAAGCGGCUUCUGCUGCAGCACAUGACGAUCCAGGAAAUAGCAAAGAGUUCACACCAUCAGAGGCCUCAGGAGAAAAAAUAUCUGACUUUGAUCUUGCCAAGGUUGGACUUGGCGAGAUGAAAGAUGAUAAAGACGAAAGCAGCUAUGUUAAACCAUCAAUUGAUUUAUUCAAAUUCAUCUUUGCUGAGGGAGAGCAAAUGCCAAGCGAUGCUGAUCGUUUUGCAGAAGAGAUGGCAACCGUUGAAGUGCCUUCGAAAUUGUUGUUCAAGCCACGAAAGAGACCAGACACUGAGGAAGCAGAAAGCAGCCAGAUUGAUACAACAGGCAAAAGAAAGAAGUCAUCUGAUAAAAAGUCUAACAAGAGACAAAUUCGUGGCAGCUUGACGUUCAACAUGGAAGAAGAUGAAGACAAUACCGAAUUCCAACUCAAGAAGUCAAAAAAAUCCCACAGUGAUCUUUCAAAGCCUUUUGGAGGAAAACCAAAGGCAUCUGAUCUUUUCGACGAUUAAUGUACGAAUACAAAGUGUAAGAUUAAGGUGAUGUUACAUGUACAAUAUGUAGUAAUACAAAUGGAGGAAUGACGUU